AUGUCAAAUUUUGGCAGGAGAACUUGGAAUAGAGAGGAGUACGCCGAGCAGGCCAGAAGUGGCUAUGACGACCAAUCCUUAAAGGCUACAUUAACUUCGACAGAAUUGCAAGCAUUGAAAUCUAAAUAUACGAACUAUGAUCGUUUAAUCAAAGGCUCACUAAAAGACCUCAAUAAAAGGAAGCUUGCAGCAAAUACGGACACUUUAUCGUCUUUCAAGAGAGGAAAGAAGUUCGGGUUUUACUGCGAUAUUUGUAACCUAACUUUCAAAGACACGUUACAAUACAUCGAUCAUUUGAACCACAAAGUACAUGCAAUAAAAUUUGAAAACCUAUUCGAUGAACCAUUAAUUAUAGAUAUAAGGGAUAAUGAUGACGUACCGCAAGAGGAAUUUGAAUUAUGUUAUCAUAACUUGGUAAAAGAAUUUAUCGAGGUGAAUUCUACAGAGAUCCAGUCGAAGAGGAAGAGAUUUCUAAACGCAGGUAUGGACAAGUCGAAGAAGAUGGUUACUAAGCCUUCUAUUGAGAAUGAAUCAAAGGUUAGUCAAAUGAUGGGGUUUGCCAAUUUUGCCACAUCCAAAAAAUGA